GGACAGUCUCUUUCGUUCCAAUGCGUCCAACGUUGGCCGUUCUGUCUGGGCGUUCAGCGUGGAAAGGACCGUACUUUGUCGCCUUCCCGAACCUCCGGGAGGCGUUGCAGAACAAUGUGCCCAUAAAGACACAAGCAAGGUCAUGCACCAUCCUCCCAAACUUUGUUGGGCUUAGGUUCAUGGUAUACAACGGCAAAGACUACCUCCCGGUUCAGGUCACCCAGGACAUGGUAGGACACAAGCUGGGGGAGUUCUCCCAUACGAAGAAGAAGUUCACCUACAAGAUGUCGAAGAACAAGUAGUUCUGUACCUUGGGUGUCGCAUACCGACCCUGUGCUUCCACGGAAUUGUCAUGCUGUGUUUCUCGAGAGCGAUACACAUUCCGCUUUUCACAGACGAAAUACAGUUCACCCCCAAUGGUGUGGGACUCAUGCUCACCGGGGCGCGCUCCAGCGUUAAUUGGAGGCGUCUCCGUGGGUCGGUUGUAGACACUUCGCCGAGUCAUUUAAAUUCCUGUAUAUACGAGCCUGUCAGUAUAUUCAUGCAUACUCGUUGUUUGUGCACAUUCCCCACGGAGGGUUAUCGGGAAU